GUGGAGCAAGCCAGUUGGACGGCGCCGGGGGUUAACAGCAGUCUAGCCGGCCAGCAGGUGUCAUCCACCAACAGCUGCACGACUCCACGCACAAAACACCAAACAAAACACGCAGACGUUUAACGUUCAGAAAUAAAUAAAUAAAUCAAGAAAACUGACGCAGUUACUUAACUUAACUUUGUAGUCCGACCCGAGGUCCAGAAGGGUUUCAGACAGAAGGUGUUGAAAGUAAGCAAAAGAAAACUGAUAAAAAGUUAAAAGACUAGAAAGAAAAAGAAAAUCGCGAAAAAAUAAUGUUCAGAAUGACGUUCCGGUGAGCAGCAGCAGCAACAGCGUUCAAAAGGCAACAGCGUCCACCAACUGUACGACCUCACGUAUAAAACACGUAAAAAUAAAGAAAACUGGCGCACUGACAAUAGCGAAAAGUGACUAUAUAUAACUAGUAAACUUAGCUAAACGACUAAAAACCAAAAAAAAACGACAAAAUGUUCAAUGUAAUCGUGAGAAAUAUUGGAAAUACUGAAUAAAAACAAGCCUUACAGAGCGGCGUUAGACUCGCCAGCGUCCCCGUUACUAGGCAACUCAUGUGGUGGCUUUUUGCUCUGGGUCUAACGAUGAGGAGUGCUGUCUGUAGGACUACGAUAAACACAUCUGAUUGGUGUUCAACCAAACUUCAGUUCGAUCUGUAAAAACUAUUUGCUGGGUGUACGCCCAUUUAACUAAAGUAAACCUAGUCCCAUGGAAAUAGUUUGGUAGUUGGUAGUAGGUGUAACCCAUGCUAUUUCACUCUCUCUGCUAAUAUAUGUAUAUGUCAAUUUAUAUGAAUGUAUAUAUUAUAAUAAUAUAUAUAAUGUAGUGUGUAUGGUGUAUAUCUAUAGUAUAUAUAUAUAUUCCCAGUAUAUUGUAGCGACCAGUGUUCACGUGCUACAAUGUAUUCCUGACGGCCGCUAACUGAAACGGUUGCCUGGAGACCGUGUUUUUGUUGACGCUCCCAAAAAGUGGUUCUCUGCUGGACGCGUAAGAGCGAACAUAGACUUGAAGAACGAACAUAGACUUGAAGAACGAACAUAGACUUGAAGAGCGAACAUAGACUUGAAGAGCGAACAUAGACUUGAAGAGCGAACAUAGACUUGAAGAGUGAACAUAUAGGCUAGAAGAGAAACGAAGAAAAAGUUAUAUUCCUGACGGCCGCUAACUGAAACGGUUGCCUGGAGACCGUGUUUUUGUUGACGCUCCCUAAUAGAGCGAACAUACACUUGAAGAGCGAACAUAGACUUGAAGAGCGAACAUAGACUUGAGUGAACAUAUAGACUAGAAGAGAAACGAAGAAAAGGUUAUCACGGAAGAAAUAGAAGAUAUGGAGGAAGAUUUGACGUUACUUUGAACAAGAGGACAGCCUGUCAUCGACUGGCCCCUGCUCAAGAGCGUUCGGCCGUAGCGGUAGUGGUAGGAACAGAACGCCCCCUUUCAUUGAAUCGAGUGCACUCAAAGACUUGCUGGGUACCCAUUUUAUUUAGUUUGUUAUUUUUCUUGGGGACCUCUUUUGGGUUCAGUGUAUUGAGUUCAGUGUUUUAGGUUCAGUGUUGUUAUUAUUAUUAUUAUUAUUGUGUAAAUAAUCUGAUUGAUUCUGAUGGUUAGAUAUGGUUAGAUCGUUAGAUACAAGGUCAAACGUGCCUCACUGUGUCUGUGUGUUAUUCCUUUUAUCAGAGUUCUAUUAAGAAUACAAGCCAGUCUCCUUAUAACCUGGGAUUGAUGCACCACUGCAUUGUUAUAUUACCUUUAAAAAUACAGUUGGUUACAUAGGCAUAACCUUCUAACCUGCAAAGUCUAACGGCCUUCUUCUGACUUAUUCAUUUUGAGAUAAAUAGUUUGUGCACAUUGUGUUGCCAUUGCGCAAACUCUCCAUGAGUGAUGUGAUCAUGUGAUGAGGUCUUAAGUCCUCACAAACACCUUGUUAUGAUGGUUAGCCUGGUCAGUGUGUUGUUUCCUGGCUGUAUCAAUCUUUUUCUCCUCUAGCGUGUCUUUAACACACAUAGCCGUGUUACCAAUAGUUAAAUCUCUAAAAGCCUUGGUGACCCUUUUAAACCUUUUAAAGUCCUAAUAGUCCCUUAUUCGGUCACAGUAAAUGUAAAGCAAAUAAUUGGAUCCAUGUUUUUUAUUCUGAAAGUGAGUCAUAGAAUUCUGAAUCAUCUGAUUAUAUGUAUAUAUAUCAACUUGAUAUAAUUUGACAAUGUGAGAGUCCCUGCAGUGGAGCCACCGGAGGGUUAUAAUUCACCAGCAAUUCUUUAUUGCUAUAUGAACGUACCAAUUACUUUGGGCCAAGUCGUUGACCGCGACCCCUGGAUGACCCUGGAUGACCUUCAGGCUGUCAGCUCAGAGACGACUGAAGGCCAGCCACCGCUGCAGACCGAUGGAGGGCCAGCGUACGCCUCAGACCAAAGGGACCAGAGGGUGGAGGUGGGGGAGAGGGACGGCUGCCUGCGACACAAGGGCCACAAGCACAGGGGCCACCGAAGAGUCAGGAGUCUCUCGUUGGACCAGGUCGUCUCUCCCCGACACUUAGCCAAAGGAAAGAAGAAGAAGAGAAAGUCUGAGAGAAAAAGGUGUGUUUAUAACAACAGAACUACAGGUUCUGUUAUUGCGAACUACUGCGGCUGCACUAAGUCUCCCUCCUACAGUCUGUCACCGCCCAGGAAGAAGAAGAAGAGAAAGAAGAGCUCAAAGAGGAGCAAGCGGCAUCGGUAUUCAUACAAAAAGUCCAAACACAGUUCAUCCAGUUUGAGGCAUAAGAAGAAGGAUGAGCGCAAGCACAAGAAAAGCUCACGGAGUCGACCCCACCGGAGACACCGUCACCGGAGGUCUGAGUCCGACAGUUCGUCCUGGCGGUCAUCUGCAGAGAGCAGGUAUCAUCUACAUGAGGUGGAGGAGCAUGAUUCGGGGCGAGAGGAGUGCAGGACAAAGCUGAACCAAAGAGACCUGGACUGGAGACCAGCGGUCAAGUCAGUGUGUAAUACUGCUCCACAAUAUGUCUCCGCCCUCUCCAAUGGCACCAUUUUGCCAUUACAAUUUGGAGACAAGAUAUUAGACGCUAAAGGGAAUCACGGCCAUCAUGAUUACGAUUCUGGGAACGACACGUCUUCCCCGCCUUCCAAUAAAAACAGCAUCUCUCAACCAAGUGGCAUCGUAGACAGCAGCAAACAAUGCCAGGGUUUGGCAUCUCCCGAUAAGCUGAAGAUCACAGAGCGCGACAACGCCUCUGAUUCAGGAAACUCUGUGACAAGUUACGCCUCGCUGUGCAAUCCUCUCGCUGAGAGUUCAACCUUCUACGACGGGACAAGUAAGGCGCUGAACGUGGAAGGUGAGGAUGUGCGUCCACGGAAGAGGAAGCGUUCUAAGCUGAAGAGGAGUCGCUCCUCUCGUAGGAGGCGGAGGGAGAGGUCCGUCAGGCGCAGUCCAAGUAGGAACUUUUCCUGUGGGAGCUCCACACAUACAGGACACUCAUCCCGGAGCCGGUCACUGUCAUUUUGCAGCUCGUACUCCCGCUCUCCAAGCUCCUCGGAUGCUUGUAGGCAGAGGGGCAGCAUGGCCAGCACCAGCUCCAGAGACAGCUACUGUCGAUACAGUCCUGACAGACCCCGAGACAGGAAGCGGUCGUCCAACUACAAGGAAAAAAAACGGAAGCGGAGGAAUAAGGAGAGGAGGAGGAAGAGCAGGAGGAAGUCCUACUCCCCCAUGAGGAAAAGGAGGAGAGACUCACCAAGUCACCUGGAAGCACGGAGAAUCACAAGUGCCAGGAAGAGACCCAUUCCCUACUUCCGGCCUAGUCCCUCAUCCAGCUGCCGUUCCACCAGCGUAUCGUCGUGGAGCAGUAUCUUCACACGAGGCCGCAGUCUGACCUCUGGCCACUGCUACAGGAGCAACAGCCGCAGCUCCUCCUGGAACUCCAUCUUCGGGACUCGGAGCAGUCGCAGCAGGAGUCCUAGUUAUGUGAGGUUGAAGAAAAGCAGCAAAACCAGGCGGUAGUAUUUCAGAGCACGACGAGAGGCUGAUGAUGACAACGUAUUUAUUUGUGUUGCAUUCGCGUAAAAAGCAGGGAUGGUUGAACUGUAUCAGCUACGCAUGUCUCUGCAUCGGUUUUAGGCUUGAAGAAGUGAAACAACCCCCGAGGGUGUCCUUGCCUCUUACAUCUCUUCUCAUGUUGUCUCAUCUGCACUCAGAGACACACCUUGGGAAGUGUAUGGCGUGGUAUGUCAAGUUUUGUCAGGCGCUGUCAAACCGUCAAUCUAUGGUUAUGUUAUAUUGUUGAUAAGGUAAUUUGGGGUAAUUUAACGUUGAUUGGACACCACAAUUUUGCUAUCACGUGCAGACCUUUUGCAAAGAUUGAUUCUGUAACAGGGUUGCUGUUUGAUCCAUGUGUUUUCAUACUGUGGUAGAGGGCCUGUUAUCAGGUAUAAGGAGAGGUUUAUCGCUUUGAUCUCCGCACUUCAGAACACAAAGAAUGAAAGAAACACUGAAAAAUGAAAGGAGGCGGUUGCCCGGACGGCAAGCAAACGGCCUGUCACUUGAAAGGCCAGGUUAAUUUAUCUUCUGAUCAAGUGGAAAAGCAAUUGAAAUGUCAGCCCUGGGUAAAAUAAUAGGACGCCUUCCAAAAACGUGCAGAGGAGAGUCUGUGAGAGUUCUCUGCUGAAAAAAACCCCCAGAAUAUCUCAGGACAUAUUUCCUUUGACAGCCAGGCGGGAGCAGGUGUCUGCCACUCUGACCGGAGUAAGACAUAUUUUAAAGUUGUGUUUUUAUAUAUUGUUGCUUUGAAAGUUUGGUUUAACGUAUAUUUCUAUUUAAGCUGUUUAUUUGGUUGCUUUGUCCUUUUUUCAUUUGUGACACAACUGUUCAUAUGCUGUAUUUCUUCAUGUACCCGCUGAGAAAGACAACACAUACCUCAUCUUUUGAUUUUGCACUGAUCAGAUUGAAUGGUGAAACGUCCAAAAGCACAUCCAAACAUUUGUACCAUUUCUAUCUUUGUGUAUAUUUGUAGUCGCCAAUCUUUCUAUGCAACCCGCGCUUGUUGUGUAGUCUGCUGUGUGUCUGUUGAACGAAUUACAGCAGUUUUAUAGAAAGUCUGAUUGAUUUGAUCCCAAUAUCAUCAUCUGGCUCUCUGACCUUUGGAGUGAAACUCGCUCUCUGGUCAUUCCUUUCACUGGAUGUCAAGUCCAAUGGCCACAUGAGGGAAAGCCAUUAUUCCAUUGUAGUAACUCCUGAUUCAUAAUUUCGUCUGACAGUGUGGGCUGCCACACACGUCCAAAUAGAAGAGUUUUCAGUUUAAUGAUGUCCCAUUUUUUCUACAUCAGCUCUUCCACAAUGUUAAAUAAAAAUUAAUUUAAUAUGGUAUGAUGAACGAGGUGUAGAUAUGAACUGUAUAGAUAAAGAUGGGUGUUGUAUAGGUCUACAUGGUUAUUUAAUCAUAUUGUUAAGUGACAUCAACUCUUCGUCUUUGUGAUCUUAUUUUAAAUAAUUGUUCUACUUUUUGUCUUUACUUUUUGUGUUCCUCUUCAAAAAUGCUCUAAGAAUGUCCUAGAAAUCUGAUAGUAAAUUGGUGUUUCUGUGUUAAAUAAUGCAUAGCCUACUCCAUUACUACCCAUACAAAGAAACAUAGGUAUUUUACAAGAUGAUAUGAUUUUCCUCCUGACCCAUUUAACAGUGGCUGAAUUUCACUUCAUAUAACGUGUCCCCGGAAAUAACAUUCCCUUUAUGUGAAGAAUAAACUAUAAACUAUAGGGCCAUGUUAUAAAAAUAAAUAAAACAAUAUUGUCGGCAGUCAUUCUUGUGGUCAUUCUUAGGGACUCGGCUGACUAUCAACCUUAGGGCCUGGGUAACACACAUUUGACAUAGCUCGCAUUAAGCCUACAAAUAAACAACUCCAGGUUCAGUAAUCUGAGCCGAGUCCAAACAGAAAACAACCAUUACCUCUGCAGUUGGAUCCGUGUCGUGAUGUCAGUGUGUUUGACCAGUCUUGCCCAAUGCGUGGUCCUCUAUUUGCAUCAGGGGGGAGGG